UAAACAGGACGGACGAGGGAAAGUUUAAACAAAUGACUACAAACGUAGGACAAAACAACUGCUGUAAUGGCACAUAAAUUAUAUAAACCCGUUUCUUUGUUGGAUACAUGGAUCCAGGAAAACAACAACCUAGUAAACAAAUGGAAGCAGCAAGAGGGGGGAAUGAAUACUUGGAACCAAGACCAGAGCAACCUCAAAUGCCUUUCCUCUGAGUUUCACAAACUUUUAAUGAAAAUCCAAGGUGUGCCGCUUCUUGCGGAUCACGCUCAGCUGGAGCUGACAGUGAUGUACAAUGCCUGUGUGUACUCUGUUGCUCUAUCACAGUUUUCAGAAGCAGAACUGCUGUUCGCACAAGCCACAGAGAGAGUUCUUCAGAUGAGGGGGGAGAAACCUGUCACUUCAGACCCUCCUGUGUUUUGGAGAAAAAUCAUGAAAUCACUGAAAGACACAGAUUUAAAUGCCUCAAUCCACUGGCUUCUCUGUCUGCAGUGGGCAGUCUGGUUGGCGACGUGCAGGCUAAAAAUGAUCCUGGAACUUCAGGAGGAGUUGUCUUCUGCAUUAGACUUGCUCUGUACUGAAGUAUGUGAUGACAGGAGGAGGAAGGGGAAGUCACCUGACACUCCACUGUUGGUGUUGGACCCAAGAAGGCUUGUUGAGUUAUUGCGUGUCUGCACUUUAAUUGCUCAUGGUGCAGAAAAACUGAGUGAGGGUGAGAGUUCAGAAGCACUAAACGAUCUGCAGAACGCUUCCUCCCUGCCAGCUCCCAGGACUCUAGUAGCCUACACACACCUCCUGUCAGGCUCCUGCUUUGCACACAUGAGCCACCCUCAGAUGGCACUGCAGUGUUACAGGAAGGCACUGGAAACUGAUUGUCAUUGUGUAAGCGCUCUUUAUCAGAGCAUGCUCGUCUACAGACAACUGAGAAACACACCUGCUGAGAUACAAGCGCUUCGGUUGCUGCACUCAGCUUUGAUGUUGCCAUCUGCUACGGAGCCUGUUAUAGCAGGUACCCAUCUCCUGUCCCAAUCUCUACUGCUCUGCAGCCAAUCCCUGAGCAGCUUCCUCUCAGUCCCCUCUGCCCUCUCUGUCCUUCACAGUCUGGCUUUGAAGUGUGUGCUCCAUGGAAGGGUGUCAGAGGGAGUAGAACAUUAUCUGGACCUGCUGGCUGUUCUUCACUCAGAAGAUCAACAUCAAGUGAGUUCUAAGGCUCCUCACCUCCCUAGGCUACCUGAACUCUACCUUGAGGCUGGUGCUGCCUUGCUCAUGGUCCAGCGGCCGGAUGAUUGCAUUACACUGUGUGAGGAAGUAAUCAACACAACACAGGACCUCCUGCCAGAGAGGGUGGUUUUAGAGGAGCCAGAGCAGAAGGGUGAGGCCAUAAAUGGGGAUGUGUGUGCAGAGCAUGAGGACAAGGUGGAGAUGCUUCUCUGGUCCGGGGCCGCGUAUCUCCUCCAGGGACACUGCCACACUCAUCUGAAGGACUGGAAACAAGCCAUGACUCACUACACAAGAUGUAUGAACCUGCUGAUGAAGGUGCGCUUUAAAAAGAUAGGAUGUCAGCCACAGAUCCUGAGUGCAGACAUGGUUGAUGAGCAGGGCACAGACCUGUGUGUCCUCCAGAGGCUGAAGGGUCUUUCACUCUGUGGUAGAGGCAUCUGCUUCAUACAGACAGAUCAGCUCAGAGAGGCACUGAGAGACCUUCAGCUCAGUCUGCAGGCAUUCCCAGAGUGUGUGGGUGCUGGCCUGUGGUGUGGUGAAGUACUGUGGAGGCUUGGCAGGAGACAGGAGGCAGCAGCCUGUUGGGAAAAGACGUGGAGCUUCACCACACAAUCCACCGCUGAGAAUAUUCGAUUGUACUUGCAGGAACCCCAGACUGGCCCUUUGCUGGACUCCAUAGAGCUUCGACAGAAAAUACAGGAACUUGUUCCAACUUAACUGGACUAAAGAAUUCAUACUGAAAAGAAAGAUUUGUCUGAGUCACCAUAAUGCAACCUAGAGCCUCAGAAAUCAUGUAUCAGCUUGGACAAAAAAUAAAGCAUUCUUAAAGAACUUAUUUUGUUUAUGAAUAAAAAUGCAUUGUGAUUGG